UGCAGUUUUGUUUGAAGUGAAGUGCUGCCUGGAACUGCCCUUACAAGCUGCAAAGUCGUCCACAUUUGAAUUGAACGCAACAUUUUGCACAUUUCCUCGCUCUCUAUGCAUCGACGAGACCAUGUUAGGCCAUCACUAUCCCAAUGCUGACAAGUCGCAACAACUGGUCAACUAUGUGGAGGAUUAUCUGGAAUGUGUGGAGUCCCUGCCUUUGGACAUACAAAGAAAUGUUUCUCUACUCCGGGAAAUUGAUGCAAAGUAUCAAGAGGUGCUGAAAGAGGUGGAUGAAGUGUUUGAGAAGUACAAAGGAGAGCAGGAUGCAGUCCAGCGGAAGCGUCUGCAGGUCCAGCUGCAGCGAGCACUCAUUGUCAGCCAAGAGUUAGGCGACGAGAAGAUCCACGUGGUGACCCAGAUGACAGAGUUGGUGGAGAACCGCUCGCGGCAAAUGGACUCCCACUCCUUGUGCCUCCAGGAGCCCUGCGACGCAGAGCACGUGGUGCCGGAGCGCCGCCCCAACGUCCAAGAGACCUCUGCCCAUGAACGCACCUCGGCUCGUCGCCCGCGACGCCAACGCAAUAGCGAGAGUCGAGACUCAAGCCACCCGUCAGCCAACGGGUCUCUCGUGGACGACGCCAUGGAUGAGCUGUCAAUCCCGCCUCCCAGAGAGAAGAAAUCAAAGUCUGCCAAGAAGAAGAAACGCAAGGCUAAACAGGAGCGAGAUGCGUCACCGGUGGACUUCGCCAUCGACCCCAAUGAGCCCACCUAUUGUCUCUGCGAGCAAGUGUCUUACGGUGAAAUGAUCGGCUGCGACAAUGAUCAGUGUCCAAUUGAAUGGUUUCACUUCUCCUGUGUGGGACUGACCUACAAACCUAAGGGCAAAUGGUACUGUCCCAAAUGCAGGGGGGACAAUGAAAAGACCAUGGACAAAAGCCUGGACAAGAACAGAAAGGAUCGCAGGUCCAGGUAGUGACCCACCUCCUCGUUUCAGUCCCAGUGUCAAGACUAUCACUUGUAGUCGAUUACAGUGCACAAGAAAAAAAAAAAAGCACAAUCAAACUGCAGAAGAAGCGACAUAUUGUCCGAGGACAUCACCGAUGCCGCCAUUUUCAUGAAGCUAUUUGUUUUAGUCAAGUUAUUCUUUAUUUUGAUGAAUAAAUAAAACUGAAGCAUCUCUGUUCAGGAUCAUGGAGUGU